AUGUGUUUGAAAAACCCGGAACACACCACAAAAGAAACAAGGCCAGAAUACAUCCACCCUGAUGGUCUACUAAACUUUGAUCCAUAUCUAUCGGACUUCAAAACAGAAGCAGAAGAAGAAGACGACUAUAUACCGUUACCAGAAAACGAAGAAACAAUAGAUGGUCGUCCUAUUUUUCUUUUAGAACCCAAAAAUUCAUACGUUCUACGAAAUAGACCCGCAAAUUUGCUCUGUCGGGCAGCAAAUGCCCUCGAAGUGUAUUUCAAGUGCAAUGAUGUGAGGUCUGAUAAAAGUGUUCAGUUGGAACAUGUGGACCCUCAUAAUGGAGUCAGGGUUGUUGAAGCAGAACUCAAUGUGACGAGAAAUGAGCUUGACGGAGCCAAUAAAAAGUAUAGUUGCAAAUGUUACGCGUGGAACAGUAAGGGCAAGAUACGGAGUCAGUCUGUUUUAAUUGAAUUUGCUUAUAUAAAGAAACAAUUUCUUCAACAACCUCUAUCUGCAACAAUAGAAGCUGGUAGAGGAGUGACAUUCAGAUGUGUGCCACCACCUGCAGCCCCACCGCCUACCAUCAAAUGGACCAGAAAUGGAGUUUCUAUUGAACCUACUGUUGAAACACUUGUUCUGCCAAAAGUUAGUUUGCAGGAUAUGGCGAACUACACUUGUGUGGCAGAAAACAUCGCGGGUCGGCGGGAGUCCGACGUCGCUGUUUUGUCUGUGUACGUAAAUGGUGGGUGGUCGGAAUGGUCACCUUGGGCACCAUGUCGAUGUGGUUCCACCACGAGUGGCCGUCGUCGGUCACGCAGUUGCACUGAGCCACCCCCAGCAAAUGGUGGAGCACCAUGCAGAGGACACUCUUCACAAAGCGAUGAAGACUGUGUCACGUGUCAAAAUAGGUUCUACACCAACUACACGACCCUAUACGUUGGUAUUGGCAUCACAGUCGCUAUGCUUCUCGCUGGAGUAGCCAUCUUAUAUGUCUGGUGCAAAUAUAGAGGCAGACCUGGAUAUUCUUCAGGCAGGAUAGGUAUACCAAAGACACAUUCAGGCAGGGACAAAGGCAGCACGGCGCCCGACCUGACGAGGACCUGCAACGAAUACUGGAUGCAGGGACCUGACAACCAUUAUGACAUGCCACAUGUCAGAGACAGCUAUUCAUCCCCAUUUGGGAACCGGAGUAGACAUCAGUCGUCAGCCGGAAGUAACCAUUACGAGAUGAAGCCUUACAGCCCUUCCGGGGACUCGGCGUCCAGUUGUUAUACCAACUCGAGAACAAUGACGUCCCGGUCUAGUGAGUGUUCAUCUCAACUUGCAGAGCUUGUAACAGCAUCACCAACCUCCAUGUCAAAGGUGGUUAGUCCACCCACACACACGAAGCGAUUCGCCUCAAUUUUAAUAAUUACAACUACAAAGGAGUGGAAUUCUUUGCCGGAGUCUAUGUUCCCUCAAGGGUAUAACCCGGACGUCUUCAAGGCUCGAAUGAAUAGGUUACUUAUGGGUUCGAACGCAUUUCACAUUAAAUGUAGUGGAGUAAUUAAGGAGGAGGAGGAGGAGGUUCAAAGCCUGCCCAUAUCCACUGCCAUUGGAUAG